AUGGAUAUUGUAGAUGCCAUAAAGGAAGACGAUGGCUUUAGACUUGUCAAUUGUUAUAAGUUUGUACUUUUAUUUGCAUACAAGUUUAAGCAUACCAAGUAUGCUUAUGCUCUUCUGUUAUUUUUUGUGUUAAUCCGUGCAGUGCUUUCUGAGGAGGAGUCACUUUGUCUAGAUGUUAACAGGUUCAUCAAUUCCAUGGGCAAGAAGGGAGGAAACAUUCCACUAGAUUUGUUUCUGGAACAAUUAAAUCUUUUGUUAAAACGUUUAGGUAAAGGGAUGGGAGGCAACAUGACCAAUUCAUCACUGCAGCGUGCGGCUCAUGUAAUGCAGUCAUUUGUGCCACUUAAUGAUGUAAUGAAGGGGAUCUAUGACGACUGUUCAAAGGUUAAAAGAAGUGGACAUCAUGGCAGCAAAAACCCAGAGGAAGCAGUUGAAAUUAUUUUAAACGAUUUGCUUAAGGGAAAGGUUUUGGAGAAACUGCCUGGAAGGUCUGGGUAUCCAUCAUUUGCAAAGUUUAAAUCCAAUGUCUUGGACCUUGAUUACAGAGAUUUCUUCCAAUGGUCAAGGGAUAAGCUUAAAGAGUGGAAAGGAAUCUAUGAAGUUGCUGAUCACUGA